AUGCUGCAGCUCAAAGCUCUAAAACAACAAGAUACACAAGAAAAGCAUGCACUAGAUGAAAUCAAUAUUACAAAUCAAAUAAGAUUUCGUCGUCUUCAACGUCGUUGCAUUGUCAUCAGCUCUAUUUCUCUUGUCUUGGCAAUCUUUAUAAUAACUUUGUCAUUACUAUUGAAAUUUGUUAUUCUAAAACCAGCGAAGUCAACAACAACUACAACAACAAAAACAACGGUGUUAUCGACUUCUACCACGACAACAACUCCAUCACCGACUUCACAAAUAUCUACUAUGAUCACAUCGGAACUUUCAACCACGAUGACAAUAACAUCAACAUCAGCGUUGAUCACAACUACCACUACUCCAAAACCACCAAAAUGGUCUCCAACUGCUGACAUGACAGUUGACCGAAGCUCACAUACAGCAUCAUUGCUAGGCAAUGGAAGAGUUUUGGUUGCUGGUGGAAUCGGACCGUUUGCCAGUAUCCUUUCGAAUGCUGAAUUAUAUGAUCCGUCNGGGGGAGAAAAUAGCAACGGCACUCUCAACAGUGUCGAGUUAUAUGAUCCAGCCACAGGUAACUGGUCAAUUACUGGUAGUAUGAACGAAGCACGCAAAUGGCAUGCAGCAACACUUUUAAGAAGUGGUCAAGUUCUGAUAACUGGUGGUAGUGAUGACAACAGCUCACUGAAUAAUGUAGAGUUGUACGAUCCAUCGACAGAAAGUUGGAGUAUCGGCAGCGAACGAAUGAAUGCAUAUCGAUAUUUUCACACAGCAACAUUGCUAAGCGAUGGAGAUGUGUUAGUCGCAGGUGGACAAAACUACGAGAAUGGCUAUAUAAUGGAUAGUGCCGAACUAUACAACCCGUCUACACAAAGUUGGGCAUUAGUCGAUCGAAUGGAAAAUGAACGAACUUCACAUACCGCACUUCUCCUGCCAGAUGGAAGAGUAGUAGCCAUGUAUGGGAACAGUCAAGGGGAUCUGUUUUACGCUAGUGAAGUGUACGAUCCAGCGACAAGAAUAUGGACCGCGAGCGAUGAUAUCGAUGAUUCAUUAUCCGGGCAUACUGCUGUUACAUUGCUAAAUGGUCAAGUUCUAGUUGCCGGCGGGUUUAUUGAUAACGAAGCUUUAAGCAACGCACAACUGUACACCGCACAGGCACGACGGUGGACUAAUACUCGAAGAAUGAAUGUAGCAAGAAUAUCUCACACAGCUUCUUUACUAAAGAAUGAUAAAGUUUUAGUGUGUGGUGGCAUAGAUGGAGACGGCACCCGUUUUAGCAGCGCAGAGUUAUUUGAUCCAUCCACAAAUACCUGGACUAAUGCUGCUAGCAUGCAUCACAUCCGCGCAAGUCACACUGCCUCUACUUUGACAAAUGGGAAAGUUUUGGUUGCAGGUGGAGUAAACGAUUAUUACCGCCUAAAUAGUACAGAAUUGUAUGAUCCAUUAACAGAUAGCUGGUCAAUGAUUAGUAGUAUGAAUGAGCCACGAACAGAACACACUGCAUCCACAUUAGCUGAUGGCAGAGUGUUGGUUACUGGUGGCUCAACCGAUGGUGCUCACACUUCUAAUACCAGUGAAAUAUAUGAUCCACUAACGGAAGAGUGGAGUUUUACUGGUUCUAUGACUUUCGCACGUAAUCAUCACAAAGCAACUGUGUUAUCGAAUGGGCAAGUGCUAGUUACAGGCGGACAAAUGGAUGAUAGUCGUAUUAAUAGUGCUGAACUAUACGAUCCAGCAACAGGACGUUGGUCACCGACCGGCAGUAUGAAUAUAGCACGAAAAGAUCACAGUGGAACAUUAUUAACUAAUGCGAAGGUAUUGGUGACGGGCGGAGUUUCUGAUACUGUAACUCCAUUCAGAAGUGAAUUGUAUGAUCCGGCAACAGGCAUCUGGACUUUGACUGCUUUUAUGAACGAAGCACGGUGUGAGCAUCUAGCGGCGUUAUUACCUGAUGGAAAAGUUUUGGUAGCUGGUGGAUUCAAUACCUAUUAUAUAAAAGGUUGUGAAUUGUAUGAUCCUGAAAAAGAAAGCUGGUCAAUCACGGACAAUAUGAACUACGACCGAGUAGACAGUGUAGCAUGCACGUUAUCAAAUGGAAAAGUGUUAGUAAUUGGUGGAGACGAAUCGAUUAGUACUACUAGAGCAGAAAUAUACACUCCGUAG